GCCCACGAGGGUGGUUGGGGCAAGAUAUGGGCGGGGACAGACGGAUCCCGCGCCUGGUGGAUCCGCCGUCUCGACACAGCCGGCUGGGUUAGAGACUGAGUAGCGGACCCGGAGUCGACAUGGCAGCGGUGUUCAGGCGAAGCUGCGGGGUACUGAGAAGUCUUUCUCGUUUUGACUGGAGAUCACAGCAUACAAAAGCUGUCCUAAAACGUGAACCAGGAGCGGGAUUUAGUUUUGAGUUAACUGAACAGCAGAAAGAAUUUCAAGCUACUGCUCGUAAAUUUGCCAGGGAGGAAAUACUGCCAGUUGCUGCAGAAUAUGAUAAAACUGGCGAGUACCCUGUCCCAAUAAUUAAAAGAGCCUGGGAACUUGGUUUAAUGAAUACACACAUUCCAGAAAGUUGUGGAGGUCUUGGACUUGGAAGUUUUGAUAGCUGUUUAAUUACUGAAGAGUUGGCUUAUGGAUGUACAGGCAUUCAGACUGCCAUUGAAGGAAAUUCUUUGGGGCAAAUGCCUAUUAUUAUUGCUGGAAAUGAUCAACAAAAGAAGAAAUAUUUGGGGAGGAUGACUGAGGAGCCACUGAUGUGUGCCUACUGUGUAACAGAACCUGGAGCAGGCUCUGAUGUAGCUGGUAUAAAGACUAAAGCAGAAAAGAAAGGAGAUGAGUAUAUUAUUAAUGGACAGAAGAUGUGGAUAACCAAUGGAGGAAAAGCUAAUUGGUAUUUUUUGUUGGCUCGUUCUGAUCCGGAUCCUAAGACUCCUGCCAAUAAAGCCUUUACUGGAUUUAUUGUGGAAGCAGAUACCCCAGGAGUGCAGAUUGGAAGAAAGGAAUUAAAUAUGGGUCAGCGAUGUUCAGAUACAAGAGGAAUUGUCUUUGAAGAUGUGAAAGUGCCUAAGGAAAAUGUUUUAAUUGGUGAGGGAGCUGGUUUCAAAAUUGCAAUGGGAGCUUUUGAUAAAACCAGACCUUCAGUGGCAGCUGGUGCUGUGGGACUAGCACAGAGAGCUUUGGAUGAAGCUACCAAGUAUGCCCUGGAGAGGAAAACAUUUGGAAAGCUGCUUGUAGAGCACCAAGGAAUAUCAUUUUUGCUGGCUGAAAUGGCAAUGAAAGUUGAACUAGCUAGACUGAGUUGCCAGAGAGCCACUUGGGAGAUUGAUUCUGGUCGCCGAAAUACCUAUUAUGCCUCUAUUGCAAAGGCAUUUGCUGGAGAUAUUGCAAAUCAGGUAGCUACUGAUGCUGUGCAGAUUUUUGGAGGCAAUGGAUUUAAUACAGAAUAUCCCGUAGAAAAACUGAUGAGAGAUGCCAAGAUCUAUCAGAUUUAUGAAGGUACAGCACAAAUUCAAAGGCUUAUUAUAGCCCGUGAACACAUUGGCAGGUAUAAAAAUUAACCAGAUCGCUAUGUUAAUAAUUCUUGAAUAAUUAGAACAUGAUCUACUAUAUAAACUCCAGGAAAGAGAAAGGGCUUUAAGAUUUUUUCCAGUGAAAAUUUAAAAAUAAGCACUCUUAUACUAAACCUAUGCAACUGAUUCUAAUAGUGGUUUUCUAGUUUUGUUUAACUUUAUGCUUUGCCUUUUGCAUAAUAUAUUUUGUUUUAUUAAACUACGUAUUGUCCUUAGUUCCACUGUACUUGAAUUACAUUAACCUAGAAAAAUACAUUUGUUUUGUUAUUUUGACCUCUUAAAAUUAAAGUAACAGGAAUUCCUUGGAGUUUUCAUAUUUUUCCAAUGACAGAAAAGUGGAUUUAUGAAAAUAUUAAGAAAUGUUCCAAAAUUUACAUUGAGAAAAUACUGUAGGAUUUGGGAGCCAUUCAAUAACUUGCCAGGAGCUUUGCAGACUUAAUGGAAUUGUAUAAUAGAAGUUCAUUUUAUUACAAUUUGGGAAGCAUUUGUUUUCUGAUUUGUACAGUAAUAGUAAAAAUUUGAUGUUCAUAUUCUCCCAUUAUACAGUGCCCAGAAAUUAUUUGAAAAUCUUGUUUAAUUCUGAGCCCACAUUUCACUUGCCUUACUUAAAAUAAAUCAGUAAAAUUUCCCUUAAAUUAUUUGUAUAUGACUCUUUUGAUCUCCAGUUAGCCUUAGUUCUGCAGUAUACAAUCUCAUUUUGUGUGCAUACAUUCUAAAAAUAAACUUAAAUAAAAUUGUCUGUUCAGUGUU